AUGGGUCCCCCUGUAAUCAUGGAAACCCCUGCAGCCAUGGGAGCCCCUCCAGCCGUGGGACACCCUGUAACCAUGAGACCCCCUGCAGCCAUGGGCCCCCUGCUGCUGUGGGCUCCUCCUGUAGCCAUGGACCCCCACUGUAAUCAUAAGCUCCCCUGCAGCCAUGGACCCCCUACAGUCAUGGGCCCCCCCUGUAAUCAUGGGCCCCCCUACAGCCAUGGGCCCCCUGCAGCCAUGGGACCCCCUGUAAUCAUGGGACCCCCUGCAGCCAUGGGACCCCCUGGAUGCAGCCUGUCACCCCAGGCCGCUGCUGUGCCCACCCCUGCGUCCCAGCACCCCAGGGCCCAGUCCUGUGCUGGCCACAACCCUAACCCCUCACCUGGACCCCCUGCAGGAAUCUUCACACGCCCAUUUUUUGACAAGAGCCCCCACAUGGGGAGCUGCACUCCCGGCCCAGCAUCAGGGCUGAAACUGGCACCUUGA